AUUCCGGAAGUGAGGAAGAUUUGUGUGGAAGGCAGAGGAGAACGGCAGAUCUGAGGACUAUCUUGCAAAGUGAGGAAGUUGCAAAGAAUGAAGAAGGAGCAGGUGCUGAAAUGUCAGUUCUCUUCCUGGUAUCCUUACUUCAAGAGCCAGACUAUCCGAAGUAUCAUCAUUCCACUGCCACAGAAUGUAAAAGACUAUUUGCUCGAUGAUGGAACUUUGGUAGUUUCAGGCAGGGAAGAUCCUCCCACGUGUUUCCAAGGAGACAACAAUGAAGAUGAGACUGAGGAAAUCCAGUGGUCUGAUGAUGAGAACACUACAACACUUACGGCACCAGAAUUCCCUGAGUUCGCACUUAAAGUUGAAGAAGCCAUCAGUUCACUAGGUGGCAGCGUUUUUCCUAAACUCAACUGGAGUGCUCCAAGGGAUGCCUACUGGAUAGCAAUGAAUAGCUCACUGAAAUGUAAAUGCCUAAGUGACAUCUUCCUACUUUUCAAGAGUUCAGACUUCAUUACUCGAGAUUUUACUCAACCCUUUAUCCAUUGUGAUGAUGAUUCUCCUGACCCCAGUUUUGAAUAUGAGCUUGUACUCCGAAAAUGGUGUGAAUUGAUUCCUGGGGCAGAAUUCAGAUGUUUUGUGAAGGAAAAUAAACUUAUAGGUAUUUCACAGCGGGACUACACCCAAUACUAUGAAUACAUCUCUAAACAGAAAGAAGAAAUCUGCAGAUGUGUUCAGGAGUUCUUCAAGAAACAUAUACAGUAUACAUUUUUUGAUGAGGAUUUUGUGUUUGAUGUCUACAGAGACAGUGUGGGCAGGGUAUGGUUAAUUGAUUUUAAUCCAUUUGGUGAAGUAACAGAUUCCCUACUGUUCACGUGGGAGGAGCUCAUGUCUGGAAACAGUUUGAAAGAUGGCCAGGAUGAAGGUGCAGCCAUGGAACUGGACUAUCCAUCAUUCCGUUGUACCAACAGCAAUCUCACUGUUCAGCCUAGUCCCUAUCUCAGUUACAGACUACCCAAAGAUUUUGUAGACCUUUCCACUGGAGAAGAUGUUUACAAAUUAAUUGACUUGCUCAAACUGAAAAGAAAUCAGCAAGAUGAUGAAGAAUCAUAAAGUCAGCCUCCAACUGAAGCAUACAAUGAGGAGGCUAUAGCAUUGUGGGGGAAGAUAACAUUAUAACUACACUAGCAUUGAGAACAUUUUAAAAGAAGUAACUUCACAGAACUGAAAUGCUUCUAGUCUUGUGUGGGCAUUUUACUGAAUAAAUAUGUUUUGAGCUGA